UCAGUAUAAAUAACAGGGGAGGAGGAGGAGGAGGAGGAGGAGGAGGGACAGUUUAUCUGAAACAGCUGCGGAGGAGACCUACAGAGAGGAUUCCGGGACAAAACAAGGUCUGCAGGGGGCAGAGAUGUGGGCGGGGCUCAGUGUGGCCCUGGCUCUCUGCGUGCUGGGGGGCUCCAGCGCAGAGAGCGAGUCUGAUGGAGCCCGCUGUAAAGCUGCGGCCGAGUGGAAGAUCGGAGAGAUGGAGCCGCUGAAGGAGAGCCUCGGCCGAGUGACCGUGGUGGCCUAUCUCCAGGCCAGCUGAUUGUUCUGCCUGGUGCAGGCGUCCAGACUGGACGGCCUGCGCCUGAAGCUGGAGAAGGUGGGAUACGCUAACAUCACAUACAUCGUGGUGAACAGCCAGGAUGAGAGUUCCCGGCGGCUGCAUCCCCUCCUGGCGCAGAGGCUUUCUGAAAGCAUCACCCUCUACGGCCAGGAACCGGAGACACCGGACGUUUGGCAAAUAGCCAACGUGGCGAAGGACGACUUUCAGAUCUAUGACAGAUGUGGUCGUCUUACGCAUCACCUGUCACUACCCUACACCAUCCUGAGUCAGCCGUACGUGGAGGACGCCAUCAGAAGGACCUACUGUGAUGGAAUCUGUGGAGAAUGCACGAUGGAGAGCUCCGUUCCCCAGGAGUGCAACACCACGGCCGAAGAAAAGCCUGAAGAGGAAACUCCCAGAGCAGAAGAGGGGGAGGCAGGGCAUAGCCACUCACCUGGGAUAGGUCACGGUCACCACAGUCACCAUGGAGGUCACCAUGGAGGUCACCAUGGCCACCAAAGAGGUCAACACAGAGGUCACCAUGGCAGUGGGGGAACGCACAGUCAUGAUGACUCCGAUCACCAGCAUGGCCACCAGGGUCAGGUUGUUGUUAGCCAGGUGCAGAGGGGUCAGGUAGAUUUAGGCCACCCACAGGUAGCUCACAAACAUGUGGAUUUGGGGCAGGUUGACCUGGGGCUUGUCUUCGAUCAAGUAGAAGCAAGGAACCCCCUGGCGAUGCAGCAGCCAUGAGCCAAGCGCUCCAGGUGAAAGGUCCUGUUCAGCUGACAGCAGGGGGCGCUGUCCCCCGCCGGCAGCUGAUGCUGACACUGACGGCGGCUGAUCGACGGUCAGUCCGACGCUCCGGCCGCUCUCUGACACUGCGAGGAGCCGCUCGCCGCCUCCUGACAGUGACAGGGGCUGACGGCGGCCGAUAAUCACAUCAGGGAAACCUGACAGUGACGCUCCGCCGCCGUGGCCGACUGACGGUCGCCACAGCCAGCCUGAGCCUGAUCUGCGGGGGACAGCCAAUGAGUGUGACAGGAGGUCUAAGCAGGGACACACCCUGCUUUUAUCCUCCUGCCCACAUUCAGAUGGGCUGCGGUAACAUCACCCCUGCAGCGUCCAGCGCUCCAGUAAGAACCAAUUAGUACUGACACCUCAGUGCGCCGCAGCGACAGAGUCAAACAAGCAAACGAUGCUGCCAGGCCAGUGACAACAAAACCUGGGUGAUGAGAUCCAUUCACGAUAGUUUCUUUUGAAUGGCUCAGAUGCAUUUAACGGUUCAAAGCAGCACAGCACUGACUCUGAGCUGAGCCAACACGAACAACAGCAUGAUUACCAUGACGUGGACCAAGGAUGGAAAAUUCAAUCAGGAUGAAUUUCAUAUCAGUAAACAGUUCAAAAUGCGUUUAACUCUGACUGUACAGGUUAUCGUGAAUCUGACAUCGGCUAGCAGUUCAUCGCAGCAGCGUUUAUCCUUGGCUUUGUGCUGAGUAGCUCUGGGCACAGCUGGUGCUGAACGCCUGCGCUCUUAUGAACUAUUAAUCAAUAUCAGAUACAUGUUAAUUCACUACGCAGCCAGUGGUGAACGCAGACUAAGUCACAAAGUCGGUACAUAGUUAAUGCGUGCUACUCUGAGCCGUCGGUUCGGCCCGCUGCCGCGUACUGAGUGUCCCGUGCGGUGAUGCCGCUGUUGUUUCCUCCCCGAUUAGCUCUGAUUGGCUUCCAUGAGGCCAGGCGCAGAAACUACAUACUAGUGGCGCCUGUCUGAUCUUCAGCCAAUCAGAGAGGAGAGGGAAGACCAGGCAACGCGCCGCACUCACGAGCUUCGAACACCAGCUCGACUUCUUUUAAACUUCAGGUUUUUAUGAUACGCUAGCAGAUGCAGCACAUAGUAUAGUAAGCAAAUGUAAUCCGAGAUGCUGCUUUAGUAGAUUUACCUGCAGUGAAUCCACUUCAUUCAAAUGUGACCAGUGUUUCCACGUGAACGGACGACAUUGCGUCAACUUAAUUAGCGCAAACGGCGAGUAAACCCACAGGUCCGUGUUGAUACAGUGGACUUUAUUCAUGUGGAAGUGAUGAACGCAUUUGAGUUCGGUCGGUUCGGUGCAGUGCAGUAGAUAUAUGUCAUUUAUAAUGCAGUGCAGUCAGUAGGCCUCAGUUAAUAAAGCAGAUAUAAAGGUGUGAUAUUGCACGCUGAACACUGGGAAAGCGUUAUUAGUCUCAAUGCAGUACGAGGGCAUUAGACACGGUUACUGCUCUACACUGUGAUUAGCAACACGUCGAGGGACGAGAGGGACGAGAGGGACGAGAGGGAGGAGCGAAAACAUUUCGAAUACUUAAUGAAGGUGUUCUGGAAAACCUCUUUAAGCUGGAAAACCCGAUAAACUGUAUGAGAAAUGUUGUUGCUGUUGGGCUCGGAGGGACAAACGAGUGUAAAACGAUGUGAAAGAAACUUUUUUCUGCAAUAAAGACGGAUUUGUAUGAA